AUGGACGGCCCAGAUCAGAUCGGGCCAGACGUCAGGCCCAGGAGGACAUUUGGAGACCGCGUGCGACGAGCUGCUCGUGCUUUUACCACGAGAGAUGGCCUGAUCGGUGACUACGACUAUGGCUUUCUCUUUACACCAAGACUUCCAUUUGUGAAGCAGAAAAGGAGGGCUGCUCCGUUCUUUGGCCUCGAGGAUAAGAUCCCACUGGUCCUCGCUUUGCUUCUGGGAUUGCAGCAUGCGCUGGCGAUGCUUGCUGGAGUUAUUACUCCUCCAAUCCUGCUGGCUGGAUCGUCUGGGGCCAACUUUGGCGCCGAUGAGUCGCAAUACCUUGUCUCGACCUCGCUUAUUGUGUCAGGGCUUCUUUCCGCAGUUCAAAUGUUCCGUCUGCAUGUGUACAAGACUCGCUACUAUGUCGGCACCGGACUGGUUUCGGUGGUAGGAACUUCGUUCGCAACGAUUACAGUUGCAACCGGGACGUUUAAUCAGAUGUACUCAACUGGAUACUGUCCAGUCGAUGGCUCAGGAAACAGGCUGCCCUGUCCGAAAGGUUAUGGGGCACUCCUAGCCACCUCCUGCCUUUGCUCGCUUCUCGAAAUCGGGCUUUCCUUCAUGAGCAGCAGGCUGCUCAAAGCUCUCUUCCCGCCAAUCGUCACUGGCCCAACUGUCUUCCUGAUUGGUGCGAGUCUAAUCGGCAACGCAAUGAAAGACUGGGCCGGCGGUUCUGGAACCUGCAGCAGCAAUCCGGGCAAUGGCGCUCUUUGCCCCAGCGCCGAUGCACCACACCCCCUGCCUUGGGGCAGCGCCGAGUUCAUCGGCCUUGGCUUCCUCGUUUUCGCCACCAUCAUCCUCUGCGAGCGCUUCGGGUCCCCAAUCAUGAAAUCCUGCGCUGUCAUUGUCGGCCUGCUGGUCGGCUGCAUCGUCGCCGCGGCCUGUGGCUACUUCGACCGCUCCGGCAUUGACGCCGCCCCCGUCGCAUCCUUCAUCUGGGUGAAAACGUUUCCGUUAACAAUCUACGCCCCACUCAUUCUCCCCCUCCUCGCGGUGUAUAUGGUCAUCAUGAUGGAAUCCAUCGGCGACAUCACGGCCACCUGCGAUGUUUCCCGUCUCCAAGUAGAGGGUGCUACUUUUGACUCUCGCAUUCAGGGUGGCGUCCUGGGAAACGGCAUAACAUGUCUUCUCGCCGGUCUCUGCACCAUUACCCCGAUGUCAGUAUUUGCUCAGAACAACGGCGUUAUCGCCCUCACCCGCUGCGCAAACCGCAAAGCUGGCUACUGCUGCUGCUUCUUCCUCGUUGUAAUGGGCAUCUUUGCAAAAUUCGCCGCGGCUCUUGUUGCCAUUCCUUCAUCCGUCUUGGGCGGCAUGACAACGUUCCUCUUCUCCUCCGUUGCGAUCUCCGGCGUCCGAAUCAUGUGCAGCGUUGACUGGACCCGCCGCAAUAGAUUCAUUCUCACGGCUUCGUUCGCGGUCGGUAUGGCUGCCACACUUGUACCAGAUUGGUUCUCGUAUUUUUUUACGUAUAGUGGUGACAACCAUGCGCUUGAGGGGCUUUUGCAGGCUGUCGAGCUGGUCAUGGCAAAUGGGUUCGCGGUUACAGGGUUCUUGGGUCUCCUACUGAAUUUGAUCCUACCCGAGGAUAUGGAGGAGGAUGUUGUGGAGUCCGAAGAGGACUAUGAAGCCACAACUGUGGUGGGGAUGCAGGGCGGGAGUGAGCCUGGUUCCUCUGGUCAGAAUGUGAAGGCCUAAGAACUGCAAAUGAACGCUUUGUUUGGCUCGACUCUAGAAUUGCUUUGCAUCUUUUUGGCUUUAUAAGUUGCAUAUACUA